AUGUUCCGAAACAACUACGACAAUGACGCUGUCACCUUCUCCCCGCAAGGGCGAAUUUUCCAAGUGGAAUAUGCACAAGAAGCAGUCAAGCAAGGUUCAGUCGUAGUGGGUUUGGUCAGCAAGACACAUACCGUUCUGGUCGGGUUGAAGCGAAAUGCCGAAGAGUUGUCCUCUUAUCAGAAGAAGAUCAUCGAAAUCGAUUCCCACAUGGCCAUUGCUAUUGCCGGUCUGGCAUCAGACGCCCGAGUUCUAUCCAAUUUCAUGAAGCAGCAAUCGCUCGGUUCCAAGAUGACCUACGGCCGCCCAAUCCCACUAGACCGUAUUGUUAACCAGAUUGGUGACCGUGCCCAAACCAACACCCAGCACUACGGCAAGCGUCCUUACGGUGUCGGUCUGCUGGUUGCCGGUGUUGAUGAAGCCGGUCCUCAUCUGUUCGAGUUCCAGCCCUCUGGUCUGACCCAUGAGAUGGCUGCUUGUGCUAUUGGUGCUCGCUCACAAAUGGCGCGUACAUACCUGGAGCGCAAUCUGGAUAAGUUUAUGGACUGCAGCCGGGAUGAAUUGAUCACGCAUGGACUGCGUGCCCUCAAGGAGACUCUCUCCCAGGAUAAGGAGCUUACGGUGGAUAAUACUUCGGUUGGUGUGGUUGGUUUGGCAGCCGAGGGUGCCAAGGGACGGAUUGAGAGCUUCAAGCUGUAUGAGGGCCAGGAGACUGUUCCUUUGUUGGAGGCACUCGAGCAGGCUGAGUCCUCUGGUGCAGGGGAGGAUGAGAACAUGGAGGUUGAUUCAUAA